ACCCUACUCCCUCCUUAAUUUUUAAAAUGAAUCCAUAUCUUUUGCGUGUACAAAAUAAGACAGCGUUUUGCUUUAAUUCUCUGAUUGUAUUGAAGUUUCAGUAGGCGUGACUUGCUGGAUUUCAAUCCUUGCGUUUAUAAGCUUGUUACCUAUUACAUACAUUAUAAGCUUUACAUACAGGCCUACAGUAAUUGUUUUAAUUGAGUUAUUGUUCUUCAAUAUAAGCCUUCCAAACGACUAACUACGAAUGUAUUUCAAAAUUUUCAACUUUUACUUUUAAAUUAUUAAAUCAAGUUUUCAAUUUUUAACCCCAAACAUCUUGUAUUAAAAAUUAUAUUUUAAAUUAAAUUGAAAUUUUAAUUCAAUUUAAAUUGUGGUUCUCUAUAAUUUAAUUUUUAAUGUAAUCUAAAAGCUUUAAACAGAGAACGUAUAUAAUAUGUUCUCUGCUUUAAACACCAUUUUAUUAUUUAUUUUUUUGCUUACCUUUUAUUUGACAUCCGCCAACAUUUACAAUUAAGAAUUAAAAGUAUUUCAUGAAAGCAAAAACAGCUGUUGAGUCCGUCAUCAAAAGAGGCUAAUUUGGAAUAGUAUUAAACAAUUAAAGGGCGCACCUUCCACAAAUUAUUGCUUUUUAAAUGGAAAUCGUUGAUACAUAUUACAGCAAAGAUGAAUAUGUGGAAACUGCUUCUGGGAACAAGGUCAGCAGGCAGACCGUCCUAUGUGGAUCACAAAAUAUUGUGCUAAAUGGAAAAGUUGUUGUGCAAACCGGUGCGAUAAUUCGUGGUGAUUUGGCAAAUGUACGUACGGGUCGUUAUUGUGUUAUAAGCAAAAAUGCCGUCAUCCGCCCGCCGUACAAACAAUUCAGCAAAGGUAUCGCUUUCUUCCCUAUGCAUAUAGGCGAUCAUGUUUUUAUUGGUGAAGGUGCAGUUGUGUCGGCGAGUUCUAUUGGCUCAUUUGUGUAUAUAGGAAAGAAUGCAAUUAUUGGCCGACGUUGCGCGCUUAAAGAUUGCUGCAUCAUAGAGGACGGUGCCGUGCUACCACCAGAGACAACAGUUGCUAGUUAUAUGCGUUAUACCGCUAAAGGAACAAUCGAGGGUGGUCAAGGUAAUCCAAAUUUUGUUCCGGCGGCAAUGCAGGAUCAAAUGGUUGACUAUACCAAAUCAUUUUAUGAGCACUUCUUGCGAAAUCCACAAGCGGGUUAAAACUCUUAAUUGAUCGUUUAUUUAAUAGUAUUUUCGUAUGCUAAUAAUUUUUACAUAUAAUAUUAAAAAAAUGUUUCGAAAAGAUCGUUUCUCAUCUCAUUCAAAUAAAAAAUUAUAAUAUACUAUAUAUAUACCAUAAACUAAUAAAAACACAAAUUUUAAUGCUUACUUCUGCUAGUCAAAA